AUGCUCUCACGUGUUGCUGCAGUGGAGGCACCCCGCACACACAACCGUCGCCGCGUGACUGGAUCCAGCGGGAGGAGGAGGGAAGGAGGAGAGAGUGAGUCGCAGAGGCCCAACAUGUCCCGGCAUCUCUUCUACCCUGCGGUGCUCCUCCUCGUCGUGAUGGUGUGCUGCGGCAGUGGAGCUGCACAAGUUGUUGUGGAGGAGCCGUUGUCUGGUCUCCAGUUUAAAUGGAGGGGCAUCAAUGAGAGUGGAGGUGAAACUGUGGAGUCGUUGGGUGCUCCCAGCCUUCUAAAAGUCGGGAAUGACGUGUUUGCCGUUGCCGAGGCGCAGUGCAAGAAGAACGGUGGUGUCAGUUUUACUGGCGUUGCAUCCCAACCUCUCACGACAGAAACUGCUGACACACCGGAGGAAGUUCUGAAAGAAUCCAAAGAUUGGACAAAAGUACUCGAGGAAGAUGCUUCCGGAGGUCAAAAGAAGAAAGUAGAUGUGAGUCGACCAACAACAGUUUUGAAGGGGAAUGAUAUUUACAUGCUUGUUGGACAGUACGGCAGUAAAGUUGCCGCUUCUGGACAGGAUGAUGCGGCUCAAUUGGGACUUUUGCUGGUGAAAGGGAGCGUCAGUGGUGGGGGUACAAAUAACAAAAUUGACUGGGAAGUUACUGAAAGUUCCCCGCAAAGACUUUUUGGCACACAGCCCGAUUCCUGGACAAGGCUGAUUGGAAGCGGUGGAUCGGGUGUUAAGAUGCAUGACGAGACUCUUGUGUUCCCAGUGGAAGGCACGAAGAAGGCGGCGGAGGGCGCAGAAGUAGAUGUGAAGACUGUCUCACUGAUCAUACAGUCGAAGGAUACUACGAAUUGGACGCUGUCGAAGGGGAUGUCUGACGGUGGCUGCAGCGAUCCCUCCGUCGUGGAGUGGGAGGAGGGAAAACUCAUGAUGAUGACUGCGUGUGCUGGUGGCCCUCGCAGGGUGUACGAGUCCGGUGACAAGGGGGAGUCGUGGACGGAGGCCCUCGGGACACUCUCGCGCGUGUGGGGCAGCAACAAAAAGGACGGACAAGCGACGGCCGUUAGAAGCGGGUUCAUCACAGCGACUGUUGGAAAUGAUGGUGAUAAGAGGAAUGUGAUGCUCGUUACUCUGCCGGUGUAUGCUGAGGAAGGCAACGAAAAGGGCAAACUUCAUCUUUGGCUGACGGACAAUACGCACAUUGUUGAUAUUGGGCCGGUAUCCGGAGAAGAUGACGCUGCCGCCAGCUCCCUGUUGUACAACAGUGGUACAGGUGAAGAUGAUACUGAUGAUAAUGAGAAGUUGAUUGCACUGUACGAGAAGAAGAAGGAUGUGAAACCAUCACCCGGUAUGGUCUCUGUGCUUCUGACUGAGAAGCUGCAGCGUGUGAAGGAGGUGCUGGCGACCUGGAAGGAGGUGGACGGCCGUGUCUCCCAGCUGUGCACCUCAUUAAUUGCUGAGAAGGAUUCCUCAACUGGCGAUGCCUGCAACGCUGCUAAGAUCACGGCUGGGCUGGUUGGCUUUUUGUCGGGCAACCUUUCUGGGAACAUAUGGAGGGACGAGUACCUCGGCGUGAACGCCACAGUAAAUAAUAAAGAAGGGGCAGCAGCGGCAACAUUGGCCAGCACGAAAAAUGGUGUGAAGUUCACUGGGCGUGGUGCAGGGGCGGAGUGGCCUGUUGGCAAGCAGGGGCAGAAUCAGCUGUACCACUUUGCGAACUACAACUUCACUCUUGUGGCGACGGUGUCCAUCGACAAUGUGCCGAAGGAGGGAGACACCCCCAUUCCGUUGAUGGGUGUGAAGAUGAAUGGCAAUGAAAAAAAAAACAAACUUAUGGAGUUGUCGUUCGACAGCGGAAAGAAGUGGCAGGUGCUGUGCGUUGACAAAACGACGACGAAGCCCAGCAGCGGUUGGGAGACAGAGACACAGUACCAAGUGGCCAUUGUGCUUCAGAACGGCACCCAGGGCUCCGUGUAUGUCGAUGGUCAGCGAGUGGGUGGGAAUGAAGAAUGUGCAUUGGGCAAUGGUGCGUCGAACGAGAUCUCCCACUUCUACAUUGGAGGGGAUGGAGUAAACGCAGCCAACAAAGAAGGUCGAGAAGAAGUGUCUGUGACUGUGACGAACCUCCUGCUGUACAACCGCCCGUUGAGUGACGAUGAGAUCGCCGCCCUCAUUCCGAAUAAAGCUCCUACUCCAUCUGUGGUGGAUGGGCCUUCUCAGGGAACCGCGAUUCGAUCGUCUCCUGGUGGUGGACGACCGGAGGAACCGAGAGAGUCGAUGGGGAGCAGUGGUGUGAACGGUGUAUCCGCACCAACAGUGCCCAGUGCCAAGACUUCCUCAGGAGAAGAGGAGUCCGCAACCCAGUUGGUUUCGGAAGAAUCUUCCGAUGGAAGUAAAAAUGUGGGUGGCGGUUCCUCGCCUGGCAGUGACGCACCGGUGGAGACAGGAGAAGGAGGAACGGUGCAGGGAGAUGGAUCAUCACAAACUCCUGUGGGUACUCCCGCCACAGCAGAUGCAUAUGCCCCUAACGCUGAAGCCAUGGGGCACGAUAAAACCGCAGUGAAUCCUGGGGCGAGCGCGAGCUCAGGUGCGGAUGGGGAGACGGCGGAAGGAACGGAUGGGCGAGAGAAGGAGAUCCACGCACAGAACGGGGACGUAAAUGCCACGGCACUCAGCAGCAGUCUCGGAAAUGUGUCGCAGGGGAAUAACACCGAUGCCGGCACUGUACGUGAGAACGGACUGCUGCCACUUCUGCUUCUGCUGUUGGGACUGUGGGGGUUUGCGGCUCUGUGA